AUGAAGCGCUUUAUAUAACCUUGAAAAAAAUUCAAGAACAAAAUAUACAAUGCGAUUUCUCGGGAUGAUAUUGCACCUAUAAACGAUCUCAAGUUUCGUUGGGUAAACGAACGGGUUUAUGUUUUCAGCACAAGGGUGUCGGGUCUUCACCACAGGAAUACGAUUAAGUAGGUGAGUAAACUCUCGCCCAGUAGCAGUGAGAACUAUAGUAAUUUUGACGGGGUUUAUGUAUAAGCACACCCGCUGCACAAGUGAACGUAUCGUUCAAAUACUUAAGUAAUAUGUAACAAAUCCUACAGCGAAGGGGAAAAAAGUGUCAAAAAAUGGGGAAACAUUCCGGGAAUGACGUGCAAAGUUUCCUAUUCCAGAACCUGACGUUGAUUUUAGUUUUAGUCGCGUUAUCAUUGCUGUGCCAGCUCACGACUAUAGCCACGCCGGGAUGGAUGAAGUUACACUUGGAAUUUUUUGACGACGAAAAAAAGUCUCCCGUGACAAACGGCUCCGUGACACUCUCCGACCUUACAGCGGAAGUAUCUGCCGGACUGUGGUUUUUCUCAUUCUGUUUUGAGGGACAGUACAAAAACGGCACAGAAUUAGCUUGUUUGACGGAGACUUUUGUAGACUACGAAAACAAACAUUUGUCUAAAUUCCAUGUUGACCAUCUUGGAUUACUAAAAGAUAUUUGUUUCAAUGCGUUAAGUGGACUUCUAGAGUACCAGAUCGAGGCCUCUCUCAGCAUAGCAUGUCUACUGAUCGGUUUAGUGUCGUUUUUGCUGUACUACAGACCAAGAGUCCUAAGGAAAGGCUUUGGUAUCGCAGCAUGCUCAUGUUUCGCAGUAUCAGCUAUCAUGAUGUGGGUAGUUGUUGGUAAGAUAACGACCAUCACCCUCCAGAUGAAGAGGACUUUUCAGUUUCCCCUGGCAACCAGCCACGCCACCAUUACCGUCCUGACCCCCUGGUGUCUGAUUGUGGCGGGAAUUUCCGCUUUCAUGACGUCAUUUUGCACUUUGACAUUCCUCGUCUAUUUGGCUAAAGACAAAACCCCAAGAAUCAAAUACUUAUCAGAUAUUCGACAGCCAAUUCUAUCGGACGACAAUCAGCCAUGCUGUUCCAACAACAACCAUGCAAUACCAAUGACACGUUUACACUAAACUUCAUUCAGCUCCGAGGUUGGAAAAUGAAAACGGUAUCUGAUUUUUUGUGAGAAAUCAUUUACAGUGAUUCUUUAUCCAAGCAUGUUGUGAACAUUCACGUAUUUUAUGAAUGGCUUUUUGUGAACGCCAUUUAGAGAGAUUAUUCAGAUUUGACCUUGGAAAUGUCUGUUUGCCCUUGUCUGAAGAUCAAAAUCUUAUUUUCUUUGCGUGACUUCUGUUCAUCAAAAUGUUGUCUUUUGUACUUUGUGACAGUAGAAAAAAAAAAAAAACACGCACACACAAAUCUGGUCAAUUUAUCAAAAAAUUGCAUAUUGCACAGUACAGUAUUAGUAAAUCAUUAUGAUGUAUACACAUGAUUAAUAAAAGAAUUCAAAUGUA